AUGUCUGCCAAACUUCAAUCAUCUAAUCCUUUCAGGAGAAAAGCUGCCUUCCCUUCUUCGACCAUCUCUCCUUCUUCGAUACCUGCUGUCAACCACUUCGGGGACUCAGAACAAUCUGCGAAUCCGAAUACCGAAUAUGCAUAUUCAGAAAGUCAAGAUGGGGGAAAGAAGACAUCCAAAAAGGUUCGAGUUCAGUCUCCACCACCAUCAUCCCCCUCAAUCCCGGAUUCUACAUCGACUAUAGGGGAGGAUUCGGGACCUUUCGAAAACCCGAUGCGAGUACCUCGAGAGUAUGAACAGGAUCCAUUUGACAGUCUUACAUCUGAUAUAUCUGAGGAUGAGGUGGAGGUGGAGGAUAAACCUCCAAGGGCUCCGAUUCUGAAUCCAUUUUCCAAGACGUUGCAGACAAUGGAGAAUCCAAACAGAGAUGCACUAGCUACAUCACCUGCAAUUGUUACUACCUCUGGGAGAGCGUCUAUGGAUGUGGAUGCAUUUAAAAGGUUAUUGAUGACUGGGAAUGCGGGGUUGGGAACUUCUACCCCACUGCAAUCCCCUCCUGUUCAUGCAUUAAGAGAUGAAGGCAGCAGUAGUACGGAUACAUCUUCUCUAUCACGACAAUCGAUUUUUGAACCAGUACAAGAGCCACAUCCGGAAUCACCAAGAUCAUCACAUGAGAUAUCAGAACCUGGAGAAUUACGAAGGACGAUUUCUGACUCUUCAUCAUUACAUGUGAAAAAGAAACCACCUCCACCGAGUUCGAGGCAUGGUAAAUUGAUUAAAAUGGAACUGAGGGAUGAGCCUAUGGCUGAGACUCCAUUAUCUCCUCCACUGGAAAUUUCGGCGACAGCUCAAUAUUUUCCUAUUAUGACAUCGACGCCGAAUCGCUCCUUAACAGAUUUGAACAAGCCCUUACCUCCUGCGCCACCUCGUGAAAGUGGUGAAUCCGAACGAGAAUCACCAUUUGAUAGAGAAUCCGCAGGAAAAGUACCCGAGCCACCAUCUCCAUCCUCAUCAAUAAGACGAAAAACAGCUCCUCCACCACCUGUCACGCGAAGGCACAGUCAACUUGUUGGUGACUCAAAAUUGAGUCGAAGUAAUUCCGGCAGACUUUCACCAAGGCUUGAAGAAGACAAUGUAUCCGUAUACUCAAUAGAACCUGGGCGACCUCGAUCUGACAGUGGAAAAGUACCACCUCCACCCCCAACACGAAAACAUGGUCUUUCUCGAACUCAAUCCCAUCACGUAUCUUCCUCACCAUCUGCAACAUCAUUGCCUAUUCCACCGCCAAAAAGGGGAUCAUCAAAACAAGGUCGACCACCAUCAAUACACAGUAUCGAAGCUCCCAGUCCUCAUAUUUCCAAACGCGCCUCUAUGCAAGGACCGCCCCCACCUCCUCGUGCUCGUCAAACACGGAAUAGUCUUGAUGUAUCUCUAAUCACACCUUCCUCUUCAAAUCGUGCUAGUGGUGAAUAUCGACGAAGUUCUGAUGGCCCUUCCAUGUCACAAAUUUCACGGUACGAAGAAAGCAGUGCGGCAACUCCUACGGGUGUUAAUACCAACAUUCUAGCAGAUCUUAGUGCCUUACAACAAGAGAUUGAUGCACUAAGAAACCAAUCACAACAACGGCAGCGGAGUGUCACAUGA